AUGGACCCAGAAAAUCAAUUGGAAUGGACCAAGCCAAACUGUGAGCGACACAUCCCCUUCUGGCGCCAAGUGCUCGACCAAGGAGCAAUUACUUGGGAUGUUCUGCAGCACAAUUAUCCUGGGUCAGGGACGGAAACAGAUCCCUUCCUGGUAUCCUGGCUGCCAAAUGACCCCAGAAACCCUAUGCUCUUUACGACAUUCAAGAAGGUCGGUAUUACGGUCGUUGUCUCCACAGCAACAUUGGCCGUUGCCCUCGCUUCCUCAGCAUAUUCUGGAUCUACAAAACAAGUGAUGGAAGGCUUGGAUGUCGGCACGGAGAUUGCAACACUGGGACUAUCGCUUUUUGUCAUAGGCUUUGCACUCGGACCAUUGUUCUGGGCUCCGCUAAGCGAAUUUAUUGGCCGACAAUAUCCCUUUAUUGUGUCAUUUGGCGCGAUGACGGUUUUCCUGGCUGGAUGUGCUGGUGCGCAGAAUAUACAGACCUUGUUGGUUCUGCGUUUUCUAGCAGGCACAGCGGGAUCAUCACCCCUGACCAAUGCCGGGGGUGUGAUUAGCGAUAUGUUUCGAGCUGAGCAACGGGGACUUGCCCUAUGCCUUUUUGCAGCAGCACCUUUCAUGGGGCCUGCCAUUGGACCAGUUAUCGGUGGUUUCCUGGGAAUGAAUGCUGGAUGGAAAUGGGUGGAGGGCUUCCUAGCUGCGCUCUCAGGAGUGUUGUGGGUUGUGUUGACAUGCUUCGUUCCCGAAACCUACGCACCAGUUCUUCUUCGCCAAAGAGCAAAGCGUCUCUCUCAGAAAACUGGCAUGGUUUAUCGAUCAAAGCUAGAUGUCGAGAAUGAAGAUGGCGUUUCUUUGAAACGGAUGUUUGCCACAUCGUUGCUGAGACCUUGGGUCUUACUGUUUCGAGAGCCUAUUGUAUUUAUGUUAUCUAUAUACAUUGCGAUCAUUUACGGCGCGCUCUUUAUGAUGUUUGCCGCGUUUCCUAUCGUGUACCAACGUGGUCGGGGAUGGAACCAAGGCGUGGGAGGACUCGCCUUCAUGGGCAUUGCGGUGGGUAUGAUUGUUGGAACAAUCUACACAAUUCCGGACAACAGGCGUUAUAUGCGAACGGUCCAAAGGCAUGGAGGGUUCGCGCCUCCAGAGUCUCGCCUGCCACCGGUGAUGCUCUCUGCAGUGUGUAUUCCCGUCGGUCUCUUCUGGUUCGCGUGGACCAACUCACCCUCCACUCACUGGAUGGCUAGUAUAGCAGCCGGCGUUCCUUUCGGCUGUGGGAUUGUUCUUCUCUACCUUGGCAUCAUGGGUUAUCUUAUCGAUUCUUAUACUAUUUUCGCGGCGUCGGUCUUGGCGGCUAACGCUGUUCUGCGAUCUCUGUUUGGAGGAAUUUUUCCGCUUUUCACGACGUAUAUGUAUGAUGGACUAGGGAUUCACUGGGCCUCCUCAAUCCCCGCAUUUCUGACGGUCGCAUGCAUGCCUUUUCCGUUUAUUUUUUAUCGGUAUGGGGAAGCGAUUCGCAAGCGAUGUCCAUAUUCUGCUCAGUCAGAAGUGUAUAUGCGAAAGUUACAAGAGGCGGCGCGACAAAGCGAAAAGUAG